AUGCACUUCGUUCACGACCUCGCCGAGUCUCUAACGCCUGGUUCUGCUGUAAUCAAUAUUGGCGACAAAGGAUAUGAGGAGAGCAUCAAACGAUGGGCAGUGACCGCUGAAAAGCGAGCUGUAUGUCUACCAUACCAUACCUAACCACAAUAUAAAUUCUUCAAUUAACCAAACUGCACCACAGGGUCUCGUAGUUUUUCCUUCAACACCACCAGACGUAUCAAAGACAAUUCUUUGUGCCACUAGGCUUGGGGUUGAGCUAGCCAUCACAGGCGGUUCUCAUUCAACUAGUGGAUCAUCAUCAACUGAUGGAGGGAUUUCUAUGAAUCUGUCCCGAAUGAGAGGCGUCACAGUAGAUCCAGAAGCUAUGACAGUCACUGUACAAGGAGGGGCUUUAUGGGAAGAUGUUGACAAAGCAGCUGCAGAGCAUCGACUGGCUACUGUAGGUGGAACUGUCAAUUUGACCGGGGUGGGAGGCUUGACUUUAGGAGGCGGGUAUGGGUACUUGAGCGGCGCAUAUGGAACUGUAGUUGACAACCUCCUUUCCGUUCAAAUGGUCCUUGCCAGUGGUGAGAUUAUUUCCGUGUCUGAAAGGCAGAACCCCGAGCUGUUCUGGGCUAUCCGUGGAGCCGGAGCGGCAUUCGGGGUAGUAACAGAGUUCGUUUUCCGCGCAUACAAGCAAGAAAAUCUGGUAUGGGCCGGAAUGCUCGCGUUUCCCCCCGAUAAAUUAAGCUCAAUUCUCGAAUGCGCAAAUCAUGUCAUCGAGGUAUCCAAAGGAGAAGCCACAAUAAUGGUAGGAUUUACUACUCCCCAACCAGAUCUUCCACCAUGCAUCCUGACAGUUGUUUUCUACAAUGGCCCCGAACAAUCUGCAAAGGCACUAUUUGAACCAAUUCUCAAACUCGAUCCCUUACUAAACACAACGGCCAUGAUUCCUUACCCGGAGGUCAAUGCCUUCCACAAUGCAAAUGUUCCCGACGGAGCAAGAAGAACGAUGAAAGGUUCUACAUUCACCGCACCAGUGGACAUUCCAUUCGUGGAAAGCAUGUUCAACGAUUACGUAUCUUUCAUUCAAAGUACGCCGGAUGCACGGAAAACUCUGAUUCUCUGGGAAUUCAUCAGCCCUCACAAAAUCAUGUCCGUACCUCAUAAUGCCACCUCAUUCGCGAAUCGGGGACCCUAUGGAAAUGUAGUUUUCGUAACCGAAUGGACGAAUCAAGAACUUGAUACAGUUUGUAGAGAGUGGACAAGAAAUAUGGCUAGGAAAGCGAGAAAUCAAUUAUUGAAGACUCGUGGUGGCGGGCAAGGAGUGGGCGUGUAUACUAAUUAUGAAGGUCAGUUUCUCCGUAGCUUCUUAAGUUGUUCCAUUGUAGUUCCUAAUAAUGUUUCACCUCACAGGUAUGAAUGAAACACCGGCGAAAAUGCUCUUUGGUGAUAAUUAUGAGAGAUUGGUAGAGUUGAAGCGGCGUUAUGAUCCUACUAAUGUUUUUGGAAGGUGUUUUAAUUUGAUGCCUGGUCAUGGAGGAGAUGUCCCUAGAAAUUAA